CUCGUCUGCUCCGCUCCUUCCGCGCCCCUUUGUCCCCGUCCUCGUCUCUAACGCGCGCUCUGGUGCCUUCUUUCUCGGUUGGUCGUGGCUGCACGGCAAAGGCAGACCUUCUGCAAAGUUUUGCUUCAUCUGGUGUGGAUUGGGCGAUAAUCGAUGAAGAUCAAUGAUUGAUUGAUCGGGCGGAGCCAAUGAGUAGGCCCGUCUGCUGUCUGCAGAUUGACUAUUGCCACUUGUAUAAUUGUUGGGCGGAACUUGUGACCUUGAUCUCUCUCUCUCUCUCUCUCUCUCUCUCUCUCUCUCUCUCUCUCUCUCUCUCUCUCUCUCUCUCUCUCUCUCCCGCGUACCCCCGCUUGCUCUCUCUCUUGUUCUUCCUUGCAUCCUUCUUCCUUCCCUCUUCGUCUUCUUCCUCUUUCUGCUGUCCUUGCCAUUGCGGGUCGCUCGCUCUCUUACCUGUGCAGGAGGGAAUGAGAUGCCAUUUUUUCCAUGGCUUCUGCUGUUUUCGUUAUCGAGUUCGAUGUUGUCAGGAGUGAUCAUGUGGAUGGCAGACUGCUCGAGUGUAUGGUGACUCUACUCGAUUGUGGUGCUAAGGCGUCACGACGGGAACGAGACUGAAGGUCGGGAAGAGGCAUUUGGUAAUCGCGGAAGUAUAUUCUCAUAUAUGUUUGUGACGAUAUAUAUGUAUACAUCCUAAUCUAUGUGUCCUCUCCAUCCAUCUAUCUUCGAAAACUUGCGACACUGAGGUGCAGAGGGACACUCGAGUGGCGUACUCUUUGCUGUCCCUUCGUGGUCGGAUACGAUAUGCGUGGGCAGGGUAACGAUCCAGAGUUCGGGAUGAGAGACUCGGAAAGGCGAGCUAUCGGUCGAAGGACCCACUGUGUAUGGAUAUGCCAACUUGGUGGCUGGUAGGCGAGCUAUCGAUCGAAGGACCACCGAGUAUAGAUAAGUGAAGUUGGUGUGUGUGGACGUAAUUAAUGGAGACCCCAGUCUCGUGCUGCGUUCUUGCGCGCAUGCCGCGACGGAGGGAAGAUUGGAGGGUACGGGCGAUGGUCGUGACCGGUUAUGUCGUACAGUGCGACACGUGGCAAGAGUGAGAUUAACGUGUUCAUCCUCUCCUGUUGUGAAUGUAUCAGGGGAACACGAGGAUUGGGAGGAACAAGGGGUUGAGAGUGGUGGAGAGCGAAAGGAACGCAGAUUUGGGCUAUUUGCCCGACUGUGUAUUCAUGCGUCUGAUCCUACUACUGGACGAGAAUUUCGGGUCAUCUUUUAUUCCUGGUUGCCUUUCCGGUGAUAUGGUAGUUUGCCUAGGGAAGGAAAAACGCCGAGUCGUCGGUCCGCGAGAGCGGCACAGGAAGCUGGAAAUGAGAGACGGUAAAUAUCGUCUUGGUUUAGCAGGUGACACAGGCGCGGGUGGAUUUCGAGGAUCAUCCUUUGGUGUCAUCUGCGGUUGCUGCCUGCUUUCGACCUUAAUCUAUGAGCGACCGAGAAGAGGGAGGCAACUCUCCUUCCCCGGUGGCUACUUACCCCAGUGACAGAAACGGAAGUUCCCUGACGGCGGACUCUUUCUGGGAGUGGUGGUGUGGACGCGUGUAUAUCUUGGUGUGCGGGUGCGUUUGUGCGUGAUCUUACCAAGUGCAAGAGAUAGACGGGUGCAGGGUGUGUGUGCGUGUGUUGUGUGUGUGGGGAGGGAGGGAGAGAGAGAGAGAGAGAGAGAGAGAGAGAGAGAGAGAGAGAGAGAGAGAGAGAGAGAGAGAGAGAGAGAGAGAGAGAGAGAGAGAGAGAGAGAGAGAGAGAGAGAUGGUUAACUCCAAGAGUAGGGGUCAAUCUGCGGGGCGCGGAAGUGAGAAGAAACAACUGAUGCGUUUGGAUGCGCAUAGGUAUAUUGAAUACAUCCCCGCGAAUCAUCUGAAUGGCACGGUGGGAAGUCAGAUUCCAUCGCCACUCGAGAAGGUUGACAGCUCGCACAUGAGGGGAAUCGGGAGCCGAGCUGCGAGUCGUCAAUUUGAAGAUGUGUACGGGAAGGUUUUUUCCUCAACGGAUGAUCAACAGCUGAUGGCUGUGCCCCCGAAAGCGGCAAUAAUGCUGGGUUAUGAUCUGAGCGGGAAGGAAUUAUCGGCGGGUUCCGCCUCUCCAGUGUCGACUUUCAGCGAAGACUCGGAUGGGGAGGAGGAGUAUGACGAGGAUGUCACGUUUUCGGAAGAGUGCAAAAAGCCCCCCCCUUCAGGCCCGGCGAAAGGGCAGAAGGGGGAGGAUUCGCACGUAGCGAACGGUGCGCGGCAACCCGCAGAAGACGAGUCCGAGGCAAUAGAGUUCAAUCCUGGCGGGAGUGUGACUAAUGAUGAUGGAGCGUCAAGCCCGCCGACGUUUCCAUGGAAUAGCUGGACGUCGAAGAAAGGUCCCAACGGUGGUGGUUGGGCGAUAGGAAGGACGGGAGUGCCGCCAGGCGGUGGGAAGGGAGGAGAAGGACGAGGGGUCGCCUCACAGGAUGUGGAGAGUUGCAGACGGCCAGUAAUGGCGCGCACAUCAACCCCGACGGGACACAUGUCAACUCCGUCGUCGCCUAAUCACGAUUCCCUAGGGACUUCGCAGUACGCUCCGCGGGCUGUCUCUCUACCGACAUCACCGGAGAGCGGGGAUUUUCCUGGGAGUGGCGCUUCUUCAAUGCUUAACACGAGGUCCAAUCCCGGCUCUCCCAGCAACGGCAGGCUGCCUAUGGGGGAGCAACCGAAGGCGGGAGGAAGGCCGACGUCACCGAGGCCGCAGCAGCUACCCCCUCCGCCUUUGAUGUCGACGACGCCGAAAGCUUCUCUUUCGCCUAGGCAAAACCAGAUGGUGCGCGUGCAGCAGCCCUCUCUGCACGUGGGACCUCCGCCGUCGCCCGUUUUCGGCGACGAUGUUCACUCGUUCCGGUCGCCUCCCGGCUCUUCCGUUGGAAACGCCCCUCGAGGGGCAAAUUUCACGCCUCAAGUCCUGUCUCCUGGUAGCUCCAGCCAUGUGACAAUGCUGCCGAAGAAGAGGCACCCGACGAAACCCCUGCCGCCAGCGUCUACCGAUCCCGACGAUGACGUCCUCCCGCAACAGCCAUCGUCACGUCGGCCGUUUCCCGAUGUCAAUUCGCGAGCAGGGGCGCCAUCAGCUGCAACAGGAGAAUCGUCCCUCUUCUCUUCCACAAGGGAGUGGGGUUCCGGCAGGUCACCGCCGUAUUGGAAAGGAGAUCAGCCACAACCAUGGGUUUCGAUAAUGAUGGACCCGCGACUGGUAGAUCCUCGCCCGAUUGAACAGGAAGCGAUGGAUCCGGACACCUCGCCGAGAGGAUCAGUAGUAGGAGGAGGAGGCCCAUUCCGGCAGACGGGGUUGUCGUCGUCUGCUGGGACGUCGUUGUAUCCGCCGCAUGCAUCGCCCUACCUAGAUUGCAUAUACCCUCCUCAUCCUUCUUCGCCACCCCCUGUCACGUAUCCUGGUGUUCCUCUUCGUCCUCCUUCGCCUCCCCCUUAUCCCUCCGCUACCUCCGCCUCUGGUUUUUCUUCCCAGGAAAGUAUCUUUCGCUCGAACAGCGAAGAGAUCUCUGGUAUGCCAAUGGGCGACUCCCCAAGGUCUUUCAGGAGUUUCAGGAGUUUUACGAAGGGAAAGAAGCUUGGCAGCGGAGCCUUCGGAACCGUUUACGAGGCCAUGACCCCUGAUGGCAAGUUUUAUGCAGUGAAGGAAUUGGAUAUGUCGGUGGCCGUUGGCAGUCAGGAUGCACAACAAGCGCUUGCCUCGCUCAAGCAGGAGGUGGAGCUAUUGAAGCGGCUGCAGCAUCCCAAUAUUGUCCAAUAUUAUGGAACCUUUGAGGAGGACACAAAGCUCUACAUUUUCUUGGAAUGUGUAUCAAAGGGUUCAAUCCAGAAUGUUUUGUCGCUAUACAGCCGUCUCGACGAAAGCCAGAUUCGGAAUUACACUCGGCAGAUUCUGGAAGGGAUCAAGUACCUGCAUGAACAUGACACGAUCCACAGGUCUGUAUUCUCAUUUUUCUCAAUUGUUAUUGCUUUGCUCUUUGUCAGCAUUUAUGGUAGUGGUUCUUGUGUGCUGGAAUAGGGAAUGAUGAUGUAAAAGUUGAUGGGAGUAUGGAGUGCAUGAGUAGGCAUUACUCAGCAAUAUGGUUGCA